CGACCGCCUACACGUACACGUACCGCGAUGCCUUGAUGCGCCCACGCUCGCCUGCAUCCCGCCAUGCAUCUCGGCCCACCCCAUGGCUACCACGCCCAUGGCUUCGUUGUCGUUGUCGCCAAACACGCUCGCCGGCUCUGGCUCCUUCCGCCUCGCCUGUCCCGUCGACGUGCACUUGGGCACUGAUGCCAUGCCAUGUUCCACGACCACUCUGCACACGGCCCGACUGCUCCCGCCCCACGCUGCCAACCAACAUGUGCGGGGUCCAGGGCCACCUAGAUAUCUCUCUCUCCAUCGCCUUGAUAGCCACCGUGCCCCAACCACGAUGCUCUGCGCCUGCACUCUGUCUGCACUCUGUCUGCACUCUACCCACACUCUGCCAUACCACUGCAUGCUUGUGCUUGCAUGCUUGCGUACCUGCAUCCAUCAUGCUUACACUUGCCGCUCCUCCAAAAAGGAACCACAACACCGCCUGCCCGCUUGCUAUGUACUAGCACUUGCAGCCCAAGACGCGCUCAUCCUCUCGCUAGAUUCUAGCCUCCGUCUUGGUCUUGUCAACGCCGCCCCAGCCGUACAAUGACGUUGAAGACGGAAGGAUCAUCGGUGACAUGCUGACAAGCUGACGUAUUCCACUCUGCCCUUGAAACUCCUGACACCCACCAUACUUGGACAACACACAUAACCAGAUGCCUUUUCGGGGUUAACACACGCCUGUUUUUUUAUUUACUUUGCUCACACAUGCAUAGAUACUCUUUCUAUGGCCAUCUCCAUCACAAGCUCUCGCAUCAAACCCGCACGCCAAGCUUCCCCCCCCCUCUCUUUCUCUCUCUGCAUUCAUGCCUCUUGACUGCCCA